AAGACUGACUUGGAGCACGUCGCAAGCAACCCCAGCUGUUCCCUUGCCUCUGUCUAAUCCCGCCGGAUUUAGCUGCCGUUAGAGUUGCGGCCCUCCGCCCCACCACCACCGACGAUUCCAGCCCAGCUGCGACUCCGUUGUUCACUUCGGGACGGAACAGGACGCUUCCGCAGUCUCUCCGUCGUCGUGCUCCCCGACUACACCGUCCUCCACCAAGUACAUGCCUCCCGCAAGAUCCAGGGCCAGGAUGAAAGCAGGAGCGCCCACAAAGACCCCGACGACUACAUCCAUCAAGGCUAGCGACCCAGUAGAGCCGCCGUCAGCACCAAGAGAAACCGUCGUGACCGCUCCAGCCGUCGACACUACUCCCAACACCUCGCCCGCAAUCGGCGCAGGCUCCAAGACGCCAUCUCGCAAGGUGCUACGCCUCAAAUGCCCCGUCUGCUCGGACUAUCCCGACGGCUUCCGCAGCGAGCAUGAGCUCCGGCGGCAUACCAACCGCGUCCACAAAAAGGCGCGCAAGGUCUGGGUCACCAUUGACACUUCGCCCGACAAGUCGUUUCUGGCAAACUGCAAAGCAUGCCAGACCGGCAAGAGGUACAACGAAUGCUACAAUGCCGCCAGCCACCUCCGGCGCAUGCACUUCCACCCACACAAACGCGGCGAGAGGAAGAUGACGGCCGCCGAAGCUCGACGCGGCGGAAAGCCGGGCGACCUGGACCCCCCCAUGGACGUGCUCAAGGCAAACUGGCUGCGAGAGGUCGACGAGAUUCUGGACGACGAAAAUGACCCGGCCGAAGAGGAUGCGCGAAACACGUCUGUAUCUCCGCCUCAGAUGGUGUCGCCGCAGGCCCAGCAGCAGCCUGCCCCCAACCACAACCACAACAACAACAACAAGUCGGAUGCAAAGGCUCCCCCGACGCCCACUACGCCAUCCACGCGGUCCAUGGCCAUAGACAGCAUCGUCGACAAGGUGGAUGCAUUCUGAGCCCAAGGUGCUUGCUGGGCGGGGGCCCCGACAGCAGCAGCAGCCGCCAGAGAAGAAGAAGAAGGGCUGCGACAGUGGCUUUGGGCUCACUGGAAAUACAAAUACUGGGCAUUGCUCCAUGGAUGGCGUCUUGUCGCAAGACGUUUCUUGGCAGAUGCAGGAGUAGCCAUGCCAGUCGAACCGGGGCCGCAACCAUGCAGGAUGGAUCGGAUUGCACGACGGGGCCCGCCAAUCGCCUCAAGUUGGACAUGGCAUGCUGCGUCUUUUGUCGGGUUAGUAUACGGUUCGCUCCACGGCGAAAAGUGUUGCUGGGUGGUGUUCGGGGCGUUGGGGCGUUGGGAAAGACUCCAGAUGACGUGCCGGGGCGGACACGGCCUCUCAGUCGAGGCGUCCGACGGCGUUUGUAAUUGUAGCCUGGGGCCGCAAGUUUGGGCCAUUCAGGAGCCACGUCUAAAUCCAAAUAUACUGCUCUUU